GACCCACAUAGAAUUCCAGCCCUUCCACGCUGCUAUUACGUUCCGUCCGCGAGCAGAAGCUGGCUGCGGUGUCGUUUUUUCCGAUCAGUCGGACCUUGAUCAAUCUUUUCAACUGUCCUUGUUCUCCAGGUUUUACGCAUUUGAUUGCAAUUGGAAUAGCUUGGAUUCGUGUGUGACUGUCGAUUUCACAUAUUUUUUCGACCGAAUUGGCUCUGAAGCAAUGGAUUGACUUCAGUUUUCCUUCAACCCCUCCACCAAGUUGAGAAAACAGUCUAACCUGCGGUCUCUCCAUACUUCGAGCUCACAAGCCAGCUACAUGUUUCAUCUGGACAGUUUCAAAAGUAGCUGGUACCGGAUGUUUUUAAAAAUUUCGUAGGUGAAACAUUGAAGUUCUUCGUUUGUCUCGGAAGUGUAUGGAAAUAGGUGGCAGAGGAUUUUAAACACGGAUUUUCUCCGGGGUUCUUGAAGCCUGCAAACAUUUAUUUUUGAAAAGUGAUGGCGGAGCGGGGAGCAAGGUUGCUCCUCUCUCUCCUCUGUCUCACCUUUCUUUACCCGGCGACCACCGUGUCAAGACAUGCCGAAAAAGGCACGGCGGCGCGGCUCUUCAGCCCCUUCUGGUUCUCGGUGGAGCCGUGGGACACACUGGCCGUGAGAGGCGCCCCAGCACUGCUCAACUGCUCAGCGCACAGCGGGGACCCUGCCUCGGAGCCCACUGUGCCCCAGGCCCGUGUGGAGUGGAAGAAGGAUGGAACCUUCCUGAGCCUGGCGCCAGACGACGGGCGGCGGCGUGUUCUGCCUGACGGCUCGCUGCUCAUAUCUAGCGUGGUGCACUCCAAGCACAACAAGCCCGACGAGGGAACGUACCAGUGUGUGGCCACCAUCGACAGCCUGGGAACCAUCGCCAGCCGCACCGCCCGCCUCACCGUGGCAGGUAUGCCCCGGUUCUCCAGCCAGCCGGCAGCAGCCAGCAUACGCCUGGGAGACAGCCAGGUUCUGGCGUGCGACGUCAACCCAGACCUGGUACCUUUAGCCCGGUGGGAGCGUGAGCGUGAGCCCCUGGAGCUGAGCUCUAGGCUGGUGCAGCUACCCAACGGAGCCCUGGUGGUGAGCAACGCGUCGGAGGCCGACGCUGGGCUCUACCGCUGCAUGGUGGAGAACGCUGGGCCCGCCAAGACCAGUGAAGAGGCCCAGCUCACAAUACUGCCAGAAACCGGAGAGGAGAGAGAACUGGAGUUCCUGGUAGAGCCACUUCCUGUGACCAAAGUGGUGGGGGCCAGUUUGCUGCUGCCGUGUGUGGUGACGGGUUACCCAGCGCCCUACGUCCGAUGGAUGGUGGGAGACAAGCUUGUCGAGGAGAGUGAGGGGAAGUUGGAGUUGGUGGGAGGAGGCAGUCUGUUGAUCUACAACCUGACUGAGGAGGAUGCAGGCGUCUACAGCUGUAUGGCAGACAUCACUAACAACACUAUCGAGGCCAAGGCAGAGCUCACUGUACAAGUUCCACCGGAGUUCCUGAAGAGGCCGGCCAACAUCUACGCCCACGAGUCCAUGGACAUCAUGUUUCAGUGUGAGGUCACAGGCUCCCCGGCCCCCACCGUCAAAUGGGUCAAAAACGGAGACGCUGUCAUUCCCAGCGACUACUUCAAAAUCAUUAAUGAACACAACCUGCAGGUGCUGGGUCUGGUCAAGUCUGACGAGGGCUUCUACCAGUGUUUGGCAGAGAACGAUGCAGGGAACAUUCAGUCCAGCGCUCAACUCAUCAUCCUAGAGCACGAUGUAGCCCUCCCCACCCCUCCUCUCCCCUCACUGACUCCUGACACUACUGACCAUGUAACGCCAGGCUCCAGAGGUGUGGCUAACCCCACUGGCCCCACCCCCUCCGCCCCCCGUGACGUCGUGGCCUCGCUGGUCUCCACCCGCUUCAUCAAGCUCACCUGGCGCCCUCCAGCUGAGCCCAAUGGAGAAGACCUCACCUACUCUGUCUACUUCAAUCAGGAGGGUACCAACAGGGAGCGUAUCCUGAACACCAGUCGGCCAGGUGAGAUGCAGGUGACCAUUCAGAACCUGAUGCCCGACUCCAAGUACAAGUUCCGGGUGGUGGCGCACAACAAGAACGGCCUGGGAGAGAGCUCUGCCGUCCUCAAGGUGGCCACCCAGGGUGAAGUGCAAGUUCCUGGCCCCGCCCCCAACCUGCAGGCUGUGUCGACCACACCCACCUCCGUCACCCUCAGCUGGGACACGCCCCUCACUGGCAACGGAGAUGUCCUCACGUACAAGGUCUACUAUAUGGAGAAGGGUCUGGACCUGGAACAGGACAUAGACGCUGGAGCUCUGUCCUACACCUUGAUGGGUCUGAAGAAGUUCACAGAGUACAGCAUUAGAGUGGUGGCCUUCAACAAGCACGGUCCGGGAGUGUCCACAGGAGACAUCACCGUCACCACCCUGUCUGAUGUUCCCAGUGCCCCUCCUCAAAACUUCACUGUGGAAGUUCACAACUCAAAGAGCAUUAUGGUCCGGUGGCAGCCCCCACCACCAGGCGCCCAGAACGGCGAGAUUACUGGGUAUAAGAUCCGUUACCGGAAAGGAACGCGGAAGAGCGAGGCGGCAGAAACCACGGGAGGCACCCAGCUCUUCCAACUCAUCGACGGUCUGGAGCGGGGGACAGAGUACACGUUCAGAGUGUCAGCCAUCACAGUGAACGGAUCAGGGCCCGCCACAGAGUGGAGCACCGCAGAGACCUUCGAGAGCGACCUGGACGAGUCCAGGGUGCCGGACAUCCCCAGCUCGCUACAUGUGCGCCCGCUGGUCAACAGCAUCGUGGUGAGCUGGACGCCGCCGGAGAACCAGGACAUGGUGGUACGAGGCUACACCAUCGGCUACGGCAUCGGCAGCCCCCACGCCCAGACCAUCAAGGUGGACUACAAGCAGCGCUACUACAGCAUCGAGAACCUAGACCCCAGCUCCCACUAUGUGAUAACCCUGAAGGCCUUCAACAACGUGGGGGAGGGGAUCCCUGUAUACGAGAGCGCCAUCACCAGGCCACAGUCAGACCCCAUAGACCCUGAUGUUGAUUUGUAUGAACUCUUCCAUGCUCCAUACACGCCAGUACCAGACCCCACCCCCAUGCUACCUCCCGUGGGCGUACAGGCCUCGGUGCUCAGCCACGACACCAUCAAGGUGACCUGGGCCGACAACUCCCUGCCCAAGAACCAGAAGAUCACGGACGCACGCUACUACACGGUGCGCUGGAAGACCAACAUCCCCGCCAACACCAAGCUCAAGACGGCCAACACCACCAACCUGAGUCACAUGGUGACAGGCCUGAAGCCCAACACGCUCUAUGAGUUCUCUGUCAUGGUGACCAAGGGCCGGAGGACCAGCACCUGGAGCAUGACGGCCCAGGGAACCACCUUUGAGACCAUUCCCAGCUCGUCCCCCAAAGACGUGACUGUGGUGAGCAAGGAGCUGAAACCACGUACCAUCAUAGUCAACUGGCAGCCCCCCUCAGAGGCCAAUGGAAAAAUCACAGGCUACAUAAUCUACUACAGUACUGAUGUGAAUGCGGAGGUGCAUGACUGGGUGAUAGAGCCGGUGGUGGGCAACAGGUUGACCCACCAGAUCCAGGAGCUGACUCUGGACACCACCUACUACUUCAAGAUCCAGGCCCGUAACUCCAAGGGCAUGGGCCCAAUGUCAGAGGCCGUACACUUCCGCACCCCCAAGACUGAAUCCUCUGACAAAAUGGCUAAUGACCAAGCCUCCAAUUUGCCAGUUAAACCAGGAAGUAACCAACCACCUCUUGACCAUGGCUUUGGGUCUCCACACGGAAAACCAGGAAUUACAGGAAGUGCGGACAACCACAUCCUGGUCAUCGUCGUGAUCAUCUCUGUGGGAGCGUUCACCAUCAUUGUGGUGGUUGUGGGGGCCUUCCUCUGCACACGACGCACCACCUCCCACCAGAAAAAGAAGCGGGCGGCCUCCAAGUCGUCCAACAGCUCCCACAAGUACAAGGGCAACUCCAAGGACCUGAAGCCUCCAGACCUAUGGAUCCACCACGAGCGGCUGGAGCUCAAGCCCAUUGACAAGUCCCCCGAGCCCAACCCGGUGAUGACUGACACCCCCAUCCCCCGCACCUCGCAGGACAUCAACCCCGUGGACCCCAGCCUGGACAACAGCCUGCUGCAGAGACGGAACUCCUACCGAGGCCACGAAUCAGAAGACAGCAUAUCUGCACUGGCAGGGCGCCGGGGGAUGCGGCCUAAAAUGAUGAUGCCCUUCGAUUCGCAGCCCCCCCAGCCUGUGAUUAGCGCUCACCCCAUCCAUUCCCUUGAUAACCAUCACCACCAUUAUCACACGGGCAGCCUGGCAUCCCCGACACGCAGCUACCUCCAUCACCACCAGGGCAGUGCCCACCUACGCCCACACGCCUGCGCCACCCCCAUCUCCUAUCUAGACAUGGUGGGCUCCACAGAGUCGGUGAGGAACACCCCCAGCACAGAGCCCCUCCCGCCCCAGGCCCAGCCCCCCUGCCAAGCCGAGCACCAGCACCCGGACCCCGAGGGCAGCUACCAAGGCUCCACGGCCACCGACGAUGAGCCCAGCGCCAGCGGCAGCUACUGCAGCGCCGGCCAGCCCCCCACCGCCCACGUGCGACCCACUCACCCCCUCAAGAGCUUUGCCGUGCCCGCCAGCCCCGCCGCCAUCUUCGAGUCGCCCGCCCUGCCCAGCACGCCGCUGCUUACUCAGACUGGGCCCCAGCUCCACUCAGUAAAGACAGCCUCCAUCGGCACCCUGGGCAGGGUGCGCCCCCCCAUGCCAGUCACGGUGCCCGGUGCGCCAGAUGUGCCCGAGACCAGCAAGAUGCUGGAGGAUGUAGACAGUGUCCUUGCCUCCCUCCCCUCCUGUUCCUCCCUUGCUCCCCGCAGUAACCCUGUUCCUUUCCCUCAGAGCUACGAGCCUGAUGAGUUGACAGAGGAGAUGGCCCACCUAGAGGACCUGAUGAAGGACCUGAACGCUAUAACCACAGCCUGAGAACCACACGCCCACUCACCACGCUGCUCACACACACAUACAGGCAGACACACACACACAAAUCCAGGUAGUGACACACACAGGCAGGAACACACACACUGCCAGCCCUCAGAAAACUGGGAGCCCGAUGCCCGGAUACUAAAUGGAUACCGUCAAUGGAUCCUACACACCCCACUCAAGACAAACAAAAAAUCUAAACUGAAACUUUUGGCUUACCUUGCUCAGUCUCAGGAAGGAGAUGGCCAUUUAAAAAAAACGACAGUUCACCUUUUUAUGAAGAAACAUUCUCAGAGACGAUAUCUAACAUUGGUCGCUUUCAACCAGAAGAUUGUGAAUUUUCUCAGCAAAAAAACUGAAAACUAUUAGAAGGUUGCUCUCAUACUUUGAUUGCCGGGGAGACCGCUCCUAUGGUUGCCGGGGAGACCGCUCCUAUGGUUGCCGGGGAGACCGCUCCGACAGACAUCAUAUUGUGAUUCCAAGUCAAGAGGAAGAGUCAAAUAUGCCGGUAUUUCAUGUUGGUGCUCACGAAACACAAUCUAAACACAGUGUUUGUUUAAUUAGUGUCACUUAUCUGUGCGUUUUUGUAUAUCUAUUGCCCUGUUUCAGUGAAGUGAACUUUGGACAACAGUCCCCUCCAUUUCCAUUAAAGCGGUCAUUUUAUAGCUAUCAUUUUGAUCCAAUGACGUCUGUUUUCCCUACUCUGUGUUAUAUAUUGUGCCAAGUCUCUUAUUAUUCUCUAAUAUGCCAUGUAUUUUUUUUACAUAUCCGUAUAGAUAUGUACAUAUGUUUUUAAAAAACGGCCUCAUUCUAUUCCCCCCCCAGCCUAGCCAAUCAUUUCAUUUUAUUUGGGAGGAGGGUGACAGAAUAGACCCUCAAACGCUCGCUUUUCAUAUCUUGUGGGGAGAUGCCUUGCGUGUUAGUACAUUACAUUUGAAUGGGUUCUUGCGUUCUCUGGCAUUGUCGCCCCUUUGUACAUUGAAAUGUUCAGUCUUUUUUUGUUUAUGGGAGCUCCGUUUCAAAAAGCCUUACGAAACGUGUCCGUACGUUUACAUUGGAGAUGACUGUGCCCUCUGUGGACGUUUUCCAGUUACACUGUGAUCCCUCUGACACGCAGCGUCACCACUCCCAGGCUAGGCUGGCCUUGGAGUGCCAAGUAGUAGGGCUUGUUAGCUGGUGACCCUUCAGAACCAUCUGUGGGACAUGAACCCUCCAGAGGCUGCUGGACUCGGAGUGCCUCACCCCGCAAUCACACAUCCUACCCAGUCAGUCGUUUCAAUGGAAUGGCAAUAUAUCAUAUGAAAGUGCUAUGAAAUGGAUGUCUUGUUUCCAAGAGACAAUAUUUGGUUGAAGAGGUCUGUUUUUUGCUCUAUCUCUGUCAUGUGAAAACCAGGUUUUUCAAUCAAGGAUAAGUGUUUACUGUUAUCUGAGGUCUCUUAAAGAAAUACUGCUUCAUCGCUCUUUUUUAAUGCUACUUGCAACGAUGUUGGCCUAUUGAAUGGGACUCCCAGAUUCAGAUUUUUUUUUACAUGUAGUUUGUUUUGUAUGAAGAAAAAAUAAACUUGUUCUGUACACAAUUCCAAUGUAAAAAGAAAAAAAUUAAAUAUGAUAAUGUAAGAAGCUAGUUUUUCAUCUGCCCUCUUACCCAAAGAAAUGUAAUUGCAAUCGUAGUUACAUGCUCUACUUUUGUGAAUACCAUGUUUCUCAUAAUGUACAUCGUCAUGAAUGUCAAUAUAACUGUAAGAGAUUUUACUUAUGGAUACAAAAGGAACAUGUAAAAAAUUAAAAAAGGACUGUAGGAAAAAAGAGACAGGACGCUAACCCGUUGGGAAUAACCUAUUAAGUUGUAGACAGUCAAGCCUGUAUUGCACUUUUUCACAAUUUUUGAAAACAAAACAAAAUUUCUUCCAUAUCUUGUGUUAUAAAUAUAAAAGCGAUGUUUCUGUAACGUAGUGUCCUAGGUUAGCAGCAGGCAGCUGGUCUUGUUUUAAUGGUCAUUUGCUUUUGAGAUAUGAAAUUGAGCGGCAGGUUUUACUGUGCUGCUGAGGUAUUCUGUUGCUUGUUUCUGUACAGAGAUUUCUUUGUUUUCUGUAGAAUAUUCUGUGGCUUAAAAAAAAAAAAAAAAAAUCAAAAUGUUUGACAAAAAAGUUUAUUUUUAUUUUUAUUGGUGCUCUUAUACAUUGUGUAUCCAACUAUUAUGAAUACUAACAAAGUUGAAGUUUC